AUGGGCCAACAAGAUUGGAUUAUAUUGACCAGUGAUAAGGUGGUUUCUGACCUUCUACAAAAGCGUGGCAAAACAUAUUCAACUCGCUUGCCAAGUUAUUAUACUUUUCAAUUAUUGACCAGAGGAAAGAGUUAUAUCAGUAGUCCUUAUAACGAAAGGUAUAGAAUGCUUAAAACUAUUAUGCAUGAAAUUCUGGACCAACGUAGUGUAAAAGAAAAUUCUAAAUUAUUCGAUGAUGAAUUUCGUAUUCUUAUGCAAAACUUUUGUAAAGCAUCAAAAGAUGGUUUUUAUCCUAAACAUUAUUUUCUACUUACAACUUUAAAUGUUAUGUCCAAUUUAUGCUUAAAUAAGCGUACAGAAAGUACCGACGAUCCAUUUUAUAGAGAAUUUGAAGAUAUAAUGGGAAAACAUUUAGAAAUAGUUAAGAUAACAAAUAGAUUACCUGAAUUUUUUCCAAUAUUGAAAUGGUUUCCGAAUAAUUUACGUAAUGAAAUAAUAAAUAAUAGAGAUAACAUUGAAGCUUUUCUCAGAAAAUUGAUUAAGAAAGUUGUGGAUGACAAAGAAAGGAAGUCAUGUGUUGUUAGAAAUUUACUUUAUAAGAAGGACGAAGGUAUCAUUGAUGAACUGGACAUUAUUUAUCUAUUAGAUGCGAUGUUUGCUGCUGGAACUGACACUGUUGCAGCAAGUUUAACAUGGCUUACUGCUGCUUUAGCCAAUAAUCCUCAGGUUCAGUCUAAAGCCCAUCAAGAACUUGAUCAAGUAGUCGGUCAAUCGCGUCUACCAGAAAUUUCUGAUGAACCAAAUAUUCCUUACAUACGUGCUAUAAUUAAAGAAGGUCAAAGAUAUUGUGCACCAAUUUAUCUUGGUGUACCUCAUGGCAUUGAAGAGGAUGACGAAUAUAAUGGAUAUCAUAUUCCGGCAAAUUCUGUGGUGAUUUUAAAUCAAUAUGGAAUUCACACGGAUGAAAAAAGAUAUGAGAAUCCCGAAGAGUUUAAGCCUGAAAGAUUUUUAGGAUUUAUGGAAAGUAGUGCAGCCUUAGCAAAUGGAAAUUAUCAAAUUAGAGAUCAUUUCGGGUUUGGAGCAGGAAGAAGGCUUUGCACUGGAAUUCAUAUGGCAUGUGUCUCUCGUCUUCUUUGGUGUUUUAGAAUAGAAAAUGCAUCACCAUUGGAUAAGGAUGGUAAACCAAUACCAAUUAAUUUAGAUAAAGCCCAUUUUGCUAUUACUGUUUGGCCUGAAGAUUAUCAAAUUAGAUUAGUAAAAAGGCAUGACAAUGUUGAAAGGACUUUAUUCGGUGCAAGUUGCAAUAAAUCUGAUACUAGUGAUAAUGUUAAAGGUGAAAAUAUUAAAAGUAUUUGUAAUAAUGUUAAAGAUAAAAGUGCUUGUUGUAAUGAUACUAGAAAUAAUGGUGUUUGCAAUAAUACCAAAGGUGAAGAUACUUAUAAUAAUAAUAAAGAUAGUAAUACUUAUAAUGAUACUGAAAAUAAAG